GCGCAGGCCUGGCGGCGUGCGGGCCGCGCCUCUGCGCUGAAGGGAAGGAGGAGGAAAAAGGGGGAAAAAGAGGAAAAACGGCGGCGGCGGCGGCAGGGACAGUGAGGUCACCAGGCUCCCGAAGGCCACCCUUGUGCUGGGCAAAACGAAGCAGCAAGACCAGCUCCAGCUGCCGGACAGGAUGCCCGAUUUAUGUGGAAGGAGAGCAAACGUCAUACAGCUGCCCUCUGCGGAGCGGCUGCCGUUUGACCCACGCUGCCCGAGAGUCACUGCAUGCAAAACUCGUCCACCACUGCCGUGCCAGGCUUACCUGCCUGCCGCACGUCUCCGAGUCACGUCGAGGCACCACACCUGGAUGGCACAGCCCUCGUAGGGUGAAGCAGGAGACGCACACCGUCGUGAUGCUGCCGGCGCUCGGUUUAUUGCGCGGAUCACUUGCUUUGUGUUCCCUUCUCGCGUGUGUGGUGCAAUGAUUGGUCCUAAGUGCAAUGAGUUACGCACUGAUUGGUUUAAUAGAAGUCACCAUAUAUGAUCUGGUUACCCCCCGUCGGUCCCCGCGUCCCUUCCGUGUUGCACAAGAGUGUGACUAAGCACAGGGGUUGUGCAGAUGCAGCCACAAUAGGCCCCUCAUCAUCGGGCCCACAUUCCCUUAUGCGCCAACACCUCGUAGUUUCUCCACAGCAGGCAACGCCUGUUUGCUCUGCAUGUAUCCACUGCAGCCCUCCCUGCAGCCCCUCCAGGUUGGAAACAACAGCGCUGCCAAGGCGCCCAACUCAGCGCUGGGCAGGGGAGGGGGAAGGAGAAGGAUUAAGGCGUAAUGGGAUCUGCUGGUGACUCAGCCCAGGAGAGGCUGUGGGAGGAACAGCAGCAUGGGCAGAGCUGCAGGUGGAGAGAUCCGAACUGCGCCAGCGCCGCGACGGAGCAGCCCUGUUCUGUUUGUGUGACUCCAGGCUUCGGCUGUGGUGAUCAUCCGACGGGGACGGCGGCGGAUAAACGCCUUCAAGGACACCUUUGUCCGCUGUUCCGUGGCUCUGGGCCGGGCUGACAGCAGAACAAGGGUGUGGGUGGAACGCUUCAGCCCUCAGCUCGGCUCUGGCAGCUCUGGCAGCCCUCGCUCCUUGCUGCUGGGGGGCACGGAGAGCACAGCCUGCUGUGCUGGCUUUCUUGGAGCUGCCAGCAGCUGGAAUGUGGAUGCACACGCAGAGGCAGAGCUGGGAGAGCACUGCCUGUCACCCACAGUGAGCAGCUGAGCGGAGCAGGAGGAGGCUUUGAGGACAUCCCAGUGCCCAGCACUGCCCUCCAGCAGCGCCUGCGGGCCGAGCAUCCCCUGGAGGGGCCUUUUAGAUCUGCUGUGCAGUUCGGUGUCUCAGAUCGGCGCUCCUUCGGAUUGUUUCCGUUACUUUGAAGCGACAGGCAGUGCCUGGUGAGGGAGUUGGGCUCCUACAUGUGUUUUUUUGUGGAGUAUCCGGACUUUGCAUCCUAAGGAAGUGGAGGUUGGGAUCUCAGCAGGGCAGAACUGAGUGCUCUGUUGGGGAGCAUCCAUCCCAUCAGAGGAUCCCCGGGACCACACAGCACUGCUGUCGGAUGCUCUGAGGUGCCGGGAUGGAGCUGCAGUCUGAGCUGGGGGCGAUGCUCAGCACUCCGGGGGACGAUGCCCAGUGCCCAGAGAGCAGCCCUGAGCCCUGCCAGCUGCCGCAGGACACGGGGGGGUCUGAAGAAGGGGGGGAUGUUCCAUCUGCCAGCCCGGCACUGCAGGAGGAGGUGCCCCAUCCCAGCACCACCGAGGAUCCCGCUGAGCACCAGGAGAGCAGAAGCCGAGGUGCCCAGGAGGAGCUGCCCACCCCCAGGGAGGGCGAUGCAUCCCCCCAGGCAGCAGCUGAGCCCCCCAGCGCCCGCUCCCCCAGCCGUGAGCCUGAGCCUGACUUCUACUGUGUGAAGUGGAUCACGUGGAAGGGAGAACGGACGCCCAUCAUCACCCAGAGUGAGAACGGGCCCUGCCCGCUGCUGGCCAUCAUGAACAUCCUCUUCUUGCAGUGGAAGGUGAAGCUGCCCCCGCAGAAGGAGGUGGUGACAUCGGAUGAGCUGAUGGCACAUCUGGGGGACUGCAUCCUGUCCAUCAAACCCCAGGAAAAGUCGGAGGGGCUGCAGCUGAACUUCCAGCAGAACGUCAAUGACACCAUGAUGGUGCUGCCCAAGCUCUCCACGGGUCUGGAUGUGAACGUUCGCUUCACGGGCGUCUCCGACUUCGAGUACACCCCGGAGUGCAUCGUCUUCGACCUCCUCAACGUCCCGCUGUACCACGGCUGGCUGGUCCCGUUUCAGAGCCCCGAGGUGGUGCGAGCCGUGGGCAAACUGAGCUACAACCAGCUGGUGGAGAAGAUCAUCACCUGCAAACACUCCGGCGACCCCAACCUGGUGACUGAAGGGCUGAUUGCUGAGCAGUUCCUGGAGUCCACGGCCUCCCAGCUCACGUACCACGGGCUGUGCGAGCUGACGGCCGCCGUGAAGGAGGAGGAGCUGAGCGUCUUCUUCCGCAACAACCACUUCAGCACUAUGAUAAAGCACAAGGGCCACCUGUACUUGCUGGUGACGGACCAGGGCUUCCUGCAGGAGGAGCGCGUGGUGUGGGAGAGCCUUCACAACGUGGAUGGUGACAGCUGCUUCUGUGACACGCAGUUCCACCUCAGCCAUGCCCUGGGCAAAGAGGCAGCCGCACCAGAGCAGAGCCAGCUGGACCAGGACUACAUGAUGGCCCUAUCCCUGCAGCAGCAGCAGGGCCAGGACCCCUCGGUGCUCAGCGACCUGGAGCUGGCACGGCAGCUGCAGCAGGAGGAGUACCAGCAGCAUUGA